CACAAACACAACGCAUUCUUGUUGUGCGAGAGAGCAAGAGUUUGGUGGGUGUGAACGCCAUGGCCGCGGUUGGGGGGCUGAUCGCGAGAGCCGUCGGGAACCAAAUCGCCAGCAAGCUGGGCGAGCUCGUGAAAGACGAGAUCGCUCUGUUGUGGGGGUUUCAGGACGACGUCGAGGGCUUGAGGGAGAAGAUGGAAGAUCUGGAUGCCCUGAUGCGGGACGCCGAUGAUAGGCUGCGUCGAGGAGAAAGGGAUGGAGAAGCCGUUGGGCGGUGGCUGGCCAAGUUCAAGGCAGUCGCCUACGACAUUGAGGACGUCCUGGACGACCUGGACGCUACCAAGCUCGUCCUGAAGACCCAGUCCAAGGUCAAGUUAUUCUUUUCUGGGAACAAUCAACUCCUCCAGCGGUCAACCAUAGCCCAUAAUAUGAAGACCGUGAGGGAGAAAAUAGAAAAAAUAGAAAAGGAAGGUCAGGCACUUAAUCUUGUGCGUCAUGUGGCAAGGGCAGAGGGGAGCAGAAACAAGGAAACUUUUGCAGCUUGCAGUACUCAAGGCAUGAAAACUGCAAUGGUGGGGAGGGACACCGAGAAAGAGAAGAUAAUCAACCUGCUACUGACAAGUGAAGCUAAUGAGGGUAUCUCCAUCAUUCCAAUUAUUGGGCUUGGUGGUAUUGGAAAGUCAACAUUAGCUGAAGCAGUUUUGGCAGAUAAGAGGGUCAGUGUCUUCGAUGUCCAAAUUUGGGUUCAUGUGUCUGAGCAGUUUGAUUUGCACACAAUUGGGAGUAGAAUCAUCAGAAGAUUAAAUAGCAAUAUCAACCUUGACAAAUGUGAUCUGCAGUUUAUACAUGAUAAUCUGAAAAAAGAACUUUCUACAAUAAGAUACUUGAUUGUUCUAGAUGAUCUCUGGGAAGAAGAUGGAAAUAACCUAGAAGAGUUGAAGCGGAUUUUGCAAUGUGGAUGCAAGGGUAGCAGGAUUAUAGUAACUACACGCAACCAGAGCAUAGUGCAAACACUUAGAACUGGUUUUCUUGCGAAAGACCAGAAAAUCUGCCCUGUGCCUGAGUCUGACCAAAUCAGUUUGGGUGUUUUAUCACCUGAUGACUGCUGGGAAGUAAUGAAGCAAAGGGCACUUGGACCUAAUGAUGACCAUAGUGGUUUGCAAGAAAUUGGAAGGGAAAUUGCAGCAAAGUGUGGGGGGUUACCAAUCGUGGCAAAUGCUCUUGGGCAAGUAAUGUUUGAGCGAAGGACUGUUGAGGCAUGGGAAGAUAUAAGAGACACCAAAGUUGACUUGGGUUUGAGAGAAGAACAUCAAAACAAGGCAUUAGAGCGUCUAAUGCUUAGCUACUGCUACAUGAAGCUUGAGUUUAAAAUGUGUUUCACAUAUUUGGCGGUCUUCCCCAAGGGUUCUGUGAUGGAUCAGCACCAUCUAAUCCAGCAAUGGACCGCUCUCGGAUACAUUAAGGCAUAUGAUGAUGGUGAAAGGUGUAUCAACUAUCUUCUUGGGAUGUCGUUUCUUCAUAUUUCACAGUCAUCCUCCGUUGAUCCAGGUCCAAUGCAUGCCAAAACUUCUCAAAAGUUCACCAUGCAUGAUUUGGUGCAUGAUCUUGCAUCAGUAAUUACUUCCAAAGAGUUCAUCAUUUUGGACGCUGAUGCUACCGAACCAAGGGGCUGGAAUAGAGCUCGUUAUUGCCGGCAUGCACAAUUGAUCAACUACCAAAAUCAAACCACGGUUUUCAAAGACCUGCCACCCACAGCUAGAACCCUCCAUUUUAGGUAUUCAGGAAAAUUGCAACUUCCCAAAAUGGCAUUUUCUCGAUCCAAGUACAUACGUGUGCUGGAUUUAAGUGGGCAUUCAGUUGGAAGGCAAUCUACUUCAAGCAACUUAGACCUUCAUGGAAGUUCAGUUGAGGGGCAAUCCACUUCCAGCAAUGUGGUACUGCCAUCGUCCAUUCAUAAAUCGAAGCUGCUUAGGUACCUUGAUGCCACAUCCUUGCCAAUUACAUCGCUUCCAAAGUCUUUCCACACACUAAAACACAUGCAAACUUUAAUUCUAUCCAAAUGUGCACUUGAAACAUUGCCUGACACUAUCUGUAGCCUCAACAAGCUUUGCUAUCUGGAUCUAUCUGGUAAUGUCAGCCUUACUGAGCUCCCGGCGUCACUUGGGAAGCUCUCCAAACUCUCUUUCAUCAACUUAUUGGGGUGUUCCGUGCUCCAAGAGUUACCCGAGUCCAUCUACGAGCUAACUUGUUUACGUCACCUAGACAUGUCUGAGUGUUGUACCAUUAAAAAGUUACCUGAUAAAUUUGGCACCCUUUUGAAACUCAUAUUCCUAAACUUGUCUGGUUGUUCCAAGAUAACCAAUCUACCUGACAAUCUUAGACUCCAGUCUUUGGAGCAUAUGAACCUAUCAAAUUGCCAUGAGCUAGAAAACCUGCCAAAAGAUUUUGGCAACCUUCAAAGGCUUAGGUUCUUGAGCCUUUCUGAUUGCUACAAGGUUUCAUUGCUGCCAGAAUCAUUUUGCCAACUUAUUCAUCUAAAGUUCUUAGAUCUUUCUGACUGCCAUGAGCUCAUGGAACUCCCUGAAUGUUUUGGUCACCUUUUUGAGCUUGACUCUUUGAACCUAACAAGUUGUUGCAAGCUGCAAGUACUGCCCGAGUCAUUCUGCAAAUUGUCUAAGCUGAGGUGUCUCAGUUUGUCUUAUUGUAUGAGGCUUGAUAAGCUCCCACCUUCGUUCGGUGACCUUAAGCUUCAAUCAUUGGACAUAUCUUCUACAGAAUCUCUCAAUGCCUUGCCAGAUAGCAUUGCUGAAAUGACAAGUCUCACUCGAUUUGAGGCCAUGGCAGGAGCUCCUGAUGUGAUGGCACGCGUUGAGGAAAUUAAAAAGCAUCUUAUUAUUUCAGAAGAAAUAAAGCAUGUUGUACAACAGAGAGAAAAUAAAGGAUGCAGCAGUAUAGUGGAACUUGCAGAUUUAACUUGUUAUGAGUUGGAUGUUCAAGAGCUUCAGAAUGUCAAGCAUCCAGAAGACGCGGAGAGAGCAAAGUUGCGUGAUAAAUCAGAUCUGAGGCAACUAACUCUUCACUGGGGAACCAACGGAGGCGAGGGUAAAUCUGUGUUGGAGAAGCUCACACCUCCCCGGACUCUUGAUUAUUUUUAUCUAUUCGGGUAUAUGAGCAAGGAUUUCCCUAAAUGGAUGUGUGACAUAUCUUCCUACCUCCCUUCUCUGACCUACCUCAGCCUUUCUGAUUUAGGAACAUGUGAUACUCUUCCUCCAUUUGGGCAGCUACCAAAUUUAAGAAGCAUAUGUAUGGAGAAAAUGCCCAACAUCAGGAAAAUAGGCAAGGAAUUCUUUGGGCAGGGCAGACCCUGUGUAAAAUUAAGAUCGAUAAUGUUGGAGUUGAUGGAGAAUUUAACUGAAUUGUGGACAACAAGGUCGGGUGAAGAAAAUGAAGAGUUCUUAAUUCCUAAUUUGCACUCUUUGUGUGUGUCGAACUGCCCAAAAUUGAAGUUUCUGCCAUAUCCGCCAAGAAGUAUGAUUUGGUACUUGGAAAACACUGAUGAGAUUAUUGCAGAAGGAGGAUUUGGGAAGCUUUCAUCUUCUGCACUUCCUUUUCACAUGGUAAUAAAUAAUUGCAGUUUUUCUCCAGACAAUUGGGAUAGACUUCAUCACUUCCCCACCCUUGAAGUAUUUCAAGUUGAAUCCUGCAAGGGCUUGAGGGCAUUGCCAGAGGUCAUUAGAUGCUUCACCUCUCUAAAAAGCCUAGUUUUGAAGUCACUGAAGGAAUUGGAGUCACUACCGAAAUGGUUGGGGUGCUUCAUUUCCCUGCAACGUCUUCUCAUCAAGGAUUGUCCCAAGCUAACAUCUUUACCAGAAAGCAUGAAGAACCUUACUGCUCUGAAACUGCUACAGCUGCAGGGGUGCAAAGGCUGGGAAAUAUUGCCGGAAUGGAUAGGGAAGCUCACUUCACUACAAGACUUUCAAAUCAUUGAUUGCCCCAACUUGACAUUUUUGCCAGAGAGCAUGAAGGGCCUUACUUCUUUAACAGAGCUUUGGAUAGAGGAGUGCCAAGGCCUAGCUAUGUUGCCAGAAAGCCUAGGACAGAUAAUUUCCCUGCAAAAGUUUCAGAUCAUCGAUUGUCCCAACCUGACAACUUUGCCUGAAAGCAUGAAGGGCCUUACUUCUUUAACAGAGCUUUGGAUAGAGGAGUGCCAAGGCCUAGCUAUGUUGCCAGAAUGCCUAGGACAGAUGAUUUCCCUGCAAAAAUUUUGCAUCAUCGAUUGCCCCAACCUGACUUUUUUGCCUGAAAGCAUGAAGAAGCUUACUGCUCUCAGAGUCCUAUCUUUGAAGGAGUGCCAACGCCUACAUAUGCUGCCAGAAUGGCUACAAGAACUCACUUCCCUGGAAGAAUUUAACAUCAUGGAUUGUCCCAACCUGAUAUCUUUGCCUCAAAGCAUACAAAACCUUCCAGUCUUGAAGGAACUCUACAUUUGGGGCUGUCCGAUUCUGGUCGAGAGGUGCCAAGGGGAGGAUGCAGGCCUUAUUUCUCAAAUCCCGGAAGUGACGUUACAUGUACCAGAAGAAUGAGAGGGGGGUGACUUGUGAAGACGCGAGAGCUAAAGCAAAUAAAAAGUGCAAAGUUAUCUGGAUUCUGGAGAAAUGAGUUAUGUCUUUGUCUGGCGGUGGUGACUUGUGAAGCCUGACGGUGGUGUAUUCCAGGCAAUCUAGUGUUCUCUGUAAUGUCAAUCUGGAGCUUUCCUAUCGGGAAUGACCUUGUAACCAAAGCAAUGGAGAGUCGGAGGCUGUUGCAGCAACCUACCAUAAUGUCAAUCUAGUGCUCUCUGUAAUGUAAGUCUACUGCUGCCUUCUGACCCAACCGCGGUGCGGCAGCAAGAGUUUUGGUCUGACCAUGUGGCAACACCAGCCCUGAAGAAGGCACGAACAGGCCCACAUUUGUUCCACCUGUGACUCUGUACUCUCUAGAACAGAGUGGAAGGACUAAGUAGAAUGUUUCUGCUUGCUGACAAGUGCAGAGUGAUGACGAGGAGACAUGGAGGAGAAAGUUUCAGAGCAAAAGGGAGAGAUACGUAGACUCUGAAAACUGAAAAGUGUAAGUAAGUAUCAAACUGAAAACUGAAACUCUGAGCAGUGGUCUCUAAUGUACAGCUUGCAGUUAUGUCUGUCGUAACGCGUUUUUGGCCCUUGCUAACAUCCCCGUUGGCAAAAGUUGUGGUUUUGUCUCAAUAUGGUAGCAGUAGCAGGUGCUGUGCCGAGGAGACGUUGAAAUGCCAUUUGGCACAAUGACUUGAGAUGAGAAUACGAGGUUCUCAAGAGGUCGGAGCCCUUCAACCAAGCAAGUUGAGGUGUUGCCGGUCUCUACUCCACUGCAGAGCCAAUUGGAGAUCCUCCUAAUUGAGGAGACAAAGCUUAGGUAACAUGGAUUAGUCCUCUCACAAGAUGCUUCCACAGCUUAACCUGGGCAUCUUCAGUUGGACUGUUGGUGCCAGACCAAAGUGGGAGGUUGCAGCAACAUUCUCUGCCUGCCCUUCUCCAGAUGGUGCACAGCACAAGCGUCAAUCUUGCCACAGUUCGGACGCCUUGCAAUCGGAAAUUGAGUCAUGACGGAAAGCGAUGGUGGAGAUAGGCGAUAUAGAAUCCAGGAGAUGCAACAAAAAUGAUCUGGAUCUGGACUGACUCUGCGGGAUCGCCGGUGUUUUCUUUUCUUGUAUCCGGAGUGUCAUCUUGGCUGCGUGUUCAUAGCCAGGGUGAAGUAUUUUGCUCUUCUGACUGUGUAUGUCUUGGGACUAGCAACAGUGUGAGAUAAUGUAAAUGCGCAAGGAAUCAUCGUGAUGUUCCCUAUGAACUUAUAAUUUAUAUUCUCUUUUCUGAGAAAAGAUUAAUGUAUUAUCUUACAACCUUC